UGUGUUCAAUCAUCGGAGUUGUGUAGUACAGAUUUGCCAAGUGUGCGCGCGACUUUUUGCGGUUUAUGAUCACGGUCAUAUAAUUCACCUCCGGUAUCACCAUGUCGGUGGCGUUCGUACCUCACAGACAGCGUGGCAAGGGUGAUAUUACCCCCGCUGGAAUACAAAAGCUACUUGACGAAAAUAACCAUUUGAUUCAGAGUAUUAUGGACUUCCAGAGCAAGGGCAAAACAACAGAGUGUUCACAGUAUCAACAAAUACUGCACAGAAAUUUAGUGUACCUGGCCACAAUAGCAGACUCUAAUCAGAACAUGCAGUCUCUUCUACCAGCACCACCCACUCAAAACAUGCCGAUGGGCCCCGGUGGGAUGAACCAAAGCGGAGGUCCGUCUCAGCCCAGUCACGGUCACAACAUGCCCUCCGAGGGGAUGGUGGGCUGCGGGCCACCUGCCCCGCACAUGCAGAACCAGAUGAACGGACAAAUGCCUGGGCCCAAUCACAUGCCCAUGCAGGGCCCCGGUCCAGGCCCCAACCAGCCCCCCAACAUGCCCGCCGGCUCUAUGAACAUACCCCCGAGCAGCCACGGAUCCAUGGGCGGUUACAACCACGCCGUCCCUUCGUCGCAGGGCAUGCCGGCACAAAGCCAGAUGAACAUGACGCAAGGCCAGCCCAUGGGCAACUACGGGCCACGACCCAGUAUGAACAUGCAGCCCAAUCAAGGCCCCUUGAUGCACCAGCAGCCUCCCCCCCAGCAGUACAACAUGCCUCCCGGCGGGGGCGGCCAGCACUACCAAGGCCAGCAGAACCCCAUGGGCAUGAUGGGCCAGGUGAACCAGGGCAAUCACGUCAUGGGGCAGAGGCCCAUGCCCCCGUAUAGACCGCCGCAGCAAGGACCCCCUCAGCAGUACCCAGGGCAGGAAGACUACUAUGGGGACCAGUACAGUCACGCAGGACAGGGAGCCUCUGAAGGGAAUGCCCAGUACGGCCAACAGCCAGAGGCCUAUCAGCAAGGCCCCCCACAGCAGCAGGGUUACCCACCUCAACAGCAGUACCCAGGUCAGCAGGCCUACCCGCCACAGCAGCAGGGCUACGGGCCUUCCCAGAAUGCUCCGGGACAGUACCCCAACUACCCCCAGGGGCAGGGGCAGCAGUACGGCGCCUAUCGCCCCCCUCAGCCUGGACCCCCGCAGGCCCAGCAGCAGCGCCCUUACGGCUACGACCAGGGGCACAUGAGGAAAUAAAGGCCCGGGGAUUUGAACCCCCUGACUAGCUCUAUAAGAAGCAAAGGGCCAGUAUGGAAAUUACCAGCAAUGAAAAACGCCCACACAGAUGAUAUGAGUCACAGCAGCACAAACAAACACGGAAAAAAAAAACCUCAAAUCCAUUCCCCUCCCUAUUUUGGGCUCAUAAACAUUUCAACCUCCCCUCCCCCUUUUUUUGUGGUCCAGUACGUCUCAAAGCGGCAGUGCCUUAAAGAUGGAGCUGCCUUAUCCUUGAGCAUUACGUCGACUGCACGCCAGAGUUUUUUUUUUUUUUUUUUUUCCUUCACAGACGAUUCAAAAGUGGUUCUACUGUGGUUCAUGCUUCGGAUCCCUGUUAACAAGAAGCAAUAAUGGCAGCAGUAGGUGGAAAGUGUAUGUAAAAGGCUAGAGGGGCACGGCCUAGACUUUGGAGUCUACACGUGCCCGCACAGGUACACGUCUCGAUGUAUGUGAUGAUGUAAAAAAAAAAAAUCUAUUUUAUUCUUUUGUAGAGACAUGAAUUUGUAUAAGACAUUGGAAGCUAGUACUAAGUUGUGUGUCAACAAUGUUUAUUUUUUGGGGGGGGAGGGUUAUCCAGCACAUUGUUGUUGUUACGAACUGAACCAUUCAAACGAUUUGCAAUUGCUUUCCUCAAAUUGUAAUUAGGAGGAAAGCAAACUUGCCAUUAGAACGUGUUUUUAUAUAGAAAACAAAAGACAUUUGCUGUACUAAAUAAACUGUGCCAACUUCGGUGGUGAAGAGAAUAAAAAACAAGAUGAUGUCUUUUGCCACAAUUUGACAGGAUGUGGCCAAAGGUGUGCUUGGGUGUGUCGAGCCCAAGGGAGCGUACUCAAGUAGAACGGCCAGCCUGAAAAGAAAAAAAAAAAUAAAGAAAAAUUAUGAGAAACUUGCUAGCAUGAAGUAGGGACGAGAAAUCCGUUAACGGGAUAAGAAUAACACGAUACGAGUCUUUCCUUUCAGUUUGGCCUCAUUCUCCUUCAAAUGGAAGAAAUCGUAGUUCCUUCCGCUAUAUUACGACUAGCAAUGCUGGAAUGUUUUCCUUCAUCGGAGUACGUGCGUAGGCUGUCGUCUUUUAAGUAGUGUCGUACGUGAAUGUUAACGGCUGUCACAUCAUGUAAGAUAAGAAGUAAAACGUAAUGUUCAUGUCCAGUUUCAUGGCUGCUUGUGCAGUUUCUGUUCACCGGCUUUUUUGCUGGCGAGAGGGCAACACCGGCCUCUCCUAUUGUUUCUACACACUAUGGCUGUUUUGAAAUAUUUUGCAUUCCCAUCCACACGGCGUUCACAUUUGUGUCAUGGUAAUGUUAUACUGUACAUUCUGAUAAUAAAUUGGAGGAAUCUUCAAUGUA